ACUCGCUCACUUGUUCGCUCAGUCGACCUCGAGACGCUGACAGGAGCGGGUGUGUUGCCAUUUUUCUUUUUAAACUGUCAAAGACGACGAAUGUGCUGUGGUUCCUUUUUCGAAAUUUGAAAAAAUGUCCUAGUGCAGUGCGCUGAUUGUGUUUACGGUUUUCCAUUUUCAAACACUGUGUCGAUUCGCGACUGUGAUUUGUGUUGUUUAUUAGUUUACCGUGUACCGUUUUGAACUGUCACCGUUGCGUUCGAAAAGGAUUAUUUUCGGUUUCGCGAACAGAAUGCGGCUGGGAAUUAUGCUCGUGUUAUAACAAAUAAACACCAAUGUUGGAACAGUACGCGGGGAGAACCGUAAUCGAUGUUAAGUUAAAACUGGCUUGACGCUAAGGGGUGGUCACUGCCUCGUCUGCCCAAUGACUGAUGAAGCCACCAAGCCGUCAGAAGAUGGCGCUAUAGUCGAAACUGAGCCAAAGGAAAUAAAAGAGAAACCACGUGUAUCGUUCAAUAGAGACGUUCAUGUUAAGAGAUUCGGUAAACCGCGGGAACCGCGGGGCACCUCGGAAACUCCGUCAGUGAGAAAGGAGCCGUUCACACAUCUGUCGGAAAAGGAGCUGAUAGAAGAAGCAAACAAAGUACUAGCUGCAGCUAAAAGUGUUACCUGUACCGCGGACAAUCCGCCAGAGAAGUUCUUCUCCCUCCCACAUAGAAGAAAGUUCAAAGAAACCAGGAGAAACAGUGACGACGCUACACCAGAAGGCAAAACUCCACUCGGCAGGUCCACAAGUGAUGUGAGCUCACGGAAGAGAAGAGAACGGACCUCUCUCUCCAGUCUAUUCAGAAAGUCGCAAAAUAACAAGAGCCCUAAUGAUCCUGUUGUGGUUACCACCAAGCCUGUAGCAGUCGUGAAGAGGAGCAAGAGUGACGUAACGGAUUUAAAGUCAAACACCAACCUGAAUUCCCAAAACAAACCGAUACGCAAAAGGUCAGGCAGUGAAACUGAAGAAUUUCUCAAAUCCUUAAGGAACAAAAAGACGCAGCUAUCGCCGAUAAUAGAAAGCUCGCCACGAGAAGAUUAUUUCAAAAGCACGCCGCCUUUAGAAGCGUAUCAAAAGAAUAAAUCGACGAAGAAGGAGAAUAAAUCUGAAGAUCUCAAAAAAAUUAUCGAUAGUAAAAGAGUUAACCCAGUAGAAAAACCACCUAGAUACAAAACACCCGACAAACCCGACCCCAAACCACCAACCAGAACUAAAAGAGGAAAAUCGUUAGAGAAAGAAAAAGAAAAAUCACCAGCUGUAACUGAAACCCCGAAACGAAGAGCGGAAACAAAGAAAAGCAAUCUCAUCGAUGAAAUAGAUUCUGCAAAAUCUAAUGAAACUCCUGUCGAAGUAAAAGAUAAAAUUAAAGAAAGUAUACGAAAGAUUGAAGAGAACGUGUAUGGUAGCAAAGAUAUGAUACAUAGCAGCCAACAGCCACCAGACAAGCUGCCAUUAACACGAGGACAUACAGUCGAUCACCUCGUUAAGAUACUGAAAGAAGAUCAGUUUACUCCGCCGACUAAAACGCAUAUAAUAGCACCUAACGGAGACCACACGAACCAACCUUUCUCUUACAUUAAAUCUAGCGUUAGUCCUGACCCUAACACGCUUGUGAGAGCUGCAAGUCCUGAUAGAACAUCUCCCGCUGAUAAAAUGAAUGGUAAGGGCAUUGUCUACGCACAAGUGAUCAGGGAAUCAGAAAAGCUAGAUACUCAAACACAUAAAACCUACUCGCCAACAAGAGACAAAUACAAUUUCUCUGAUGAAGACGAGGGUUAUGAAGAAAAGCACAAAUUUAACAACACCAGAAUGUACGACUACGAUUAUAAAAUAGACGACAACGAAAACUUCAACAGUCUCGAGGGUUACAAAAUUACCGAUUCGCCGAUAAAGCCGAGGUUCAGGGAGUACAAGUUGAGGAGUUUCGAGGAAUUUGAGCCAACUUACUCCAACGAAUAUCCGUCUACUAAAGAUAAAUCACAGGAUUUUAUCGACACGUUCAGAGGUAGAGCGGAUGGCAUGGACACAAAGAAAAAACAGUACGAAACUGAACAUACAAAACUUGAUCUCGACUUCAACGAACUGAGCCAUAGACGUCAGUUACUUGAAUCCCGUCUGAACGCGCGGAGAUACGACCGUGAACGAAUUACUAAAGAUGCCCCAAUAACGAGGUACUUAGAAUCCGAUCCUUCUUACGAAGAAGACAAACGUAUGAAAGCCACAGAACGAUUCGUGAAUGAGACUGUGAAAUACUGUCGCAACACUGUAGAGAGGGACGGUUUUGCUGAAAGCAGCAUCACUGAAGACUACAGUAAAUAUGAUUCAGAUAAUCAUAAAGUAAAAUAUAACACGGAAACUCGAACUUAUCACAAAGUUCCUAAAGGCGAAGUAGAUAGACGCGAUUAUAAUAUAGAUCGGCUAGAGACUAGGUACAAAGAUGGUAGGAAGGUAUUUCCUCCAGAGCCAGAAUACGAGCCGCCUAGCUUAGAAUCGAACAUUUCUAAACCGGUGCUAACGCCGGAUGAGUACAAAGAAAAAAAAUAUAAAGCCAAAAAGCAUCUCGCUUCUAGUCACGAUAUUUUGCAAACGGGACAAAAGUAUAAAGCUAAAGACGAUUGGAGUGGAAAACGGAAAGGUCACUACGCUUCCAAUCCCGAAAUCGCACAGGAACGGGAGGAAGAAUACGCAAACCUGCCGAGAUAUCCCGAUUCCUACAACUCUUUACGCGUAGCCAAAGGCAAGGAAAGAUACAAAAAGGAUUUCACGAUAAGACGCCACGAUUCAGGCGACAGUAGAGAUUAUUACAGAGACGACAGAUCGCCGAGGCGAUUCGACAUUGAUAAUAGGCUCGUUGAUUCUGGUAUAGAAAAUGAUUUCCGAAAGGACUCUAGCGGUGAGAUCCACAGGAAACAUAGGAGGCAAGAAAGCGACGAUGAAACUCAGAAUAUUUCGCUGUUUUUAGACAGCGAGAGACGGCACACAGAGGACAACUACCCUAGUGAGCAGAUCUAUGCCAACGGAGACUACCUAGCUAGGUUCAAGGAGUACAGAGAGGGAUACAAGAAGGAGUACGGAGCAAGGGAUAGGAGUGCCGACGACGGGUCUCGUUACGAAAAACUGGAAAGAUACGAAAAGAGUCCGAGCAGACUCGAAGACAAAGUUAGUGCGAAACCGCCUAAGGCCACCAAGAAACUUUCUGGACUCGAAAAAAUGAAACAGCUAUUCUCUCGCGACUCUUCGAAGAAGAGCAAGAAAGAGAAGGAACCAGUCCAGCAGAAGACUCGCACGCGGGUACUCAAGAGCCCGGAACAUCUUGCCAAUGACGACUCCGAGUAUAGAAGAUACACAGACCCUGAACCAAGCGAAAUCAUUGUAAGGAAGAUUGAUUAUGAAUGCAAAGCAGAUGAAAGAAAGUACAGGAACUCAAGGGAAGAUCUGGACAGGGACAGCAAAUUAGAUGAUAGGAGAUACAGAAAUUCUAGGGAAGACCUUGAUAGAGAAAUUAAACCAGAUGAGAGAAGACACAGAAGCUCCAGAGAGGAUUUGGAUAGGGACAACAAGCCAGACGAGAGGAGAUAUAGGAGUUCCAGAGAAGAUCUGGAAAGAGAUAUUAAACCAGUAGAAAGUAGAUACAGGAGUUCUAGGGAUGAUCCAGACAGAUACAGGAGCUCGGAUCCUAGAGACAGCGAUGUUGAAAGAAAAUAUAGAGAGAGUGAUAUUGAAGGAAGAUAUAACCGCACAACCAGAGAAGAAAGGAGAUACAAGGAGCGUAAAGAGCUGAGAAGGUAUAACUCUUCGGACCGGGAGAGCGACCAGCACUCUAGACCUUCGGACGGCGAGAGCGACCUUCGCAAGUCGAGGUCAAGGACGGCUGGACCCAUGGACUCACCAGCACUGGCGGAGAGAUAUCGCGAGAGACGGCGGCUGGCAACCCCGAGCCCAACUCCGUCCCCGCCACCACGGCAGGCGUCCAGACAGACACCGCAGCCUCAAAUAUCUUCAGGCAACUGGUUCAAGUCACUUGACAGACUUACAAGGAAGAGGGGGAAAGCGGGAAAGACGGAAAAAGAAAGCAUCAUAACAACUGAAGAUGAAUCGACCAAGAAGAGCUGGUCUAAGCCAACGAAACCGCUCAACUCGCCGGCGAAGAACCUCCGCUUCUUCGGGGACACCGACCCUGACUCCGACGCGAACGUUAAACCCAGUGUCAGCAAGUCCAAAAGCCACCCGCAAACCAGAACACAUGGCACUUUGCGGAAGACCAUCUCCAGUUCAAGUAACGGCAUAGACCAGAUCGAUAAUCAACUGUCCAGCAAGAGCUACUCCUUAUCGAGUCUUCACAGAGAAGAGAAAGAGAAGGAAUCUCCUCGAACAAAGCAGUACUAUAAACGGAAUCUGCAGAACAUAUCCGAGAUCCAAAGCAAUUCGGAGAAUGAAAGUCAGAUAGAGAAGAAAGUGGAAAGGAAACCGCCCAUUCCUUAUGAUAGAUCGAGGAGUCACAGUAGCUCGAAGACUUUGAAGGGCAGUAAGGGAGAUUUGAGAAGGCGAACGGAGGAUAGGGGAAGCUCCUCUGAUCUUAGGAGCAGCAAGCAGGAUAUCAGCCGUGAUGUGAAGCACCGGCGCCGCACCCCUGUAGCCAACUCCGCAGAGAGCAGCACCGAGGGUGACUCCAGCCACCAGUCGCAGAGAAGCGUCGUCUACCUUCACGCCACUACUGUUGGCGACAUUCCGGAUCCGGGCAGGUUGUCCCGCAACCGAUCGCGUGAUGACGUUUCGUCGAUCAACUCCUCAAACGUGCAAGUCAGAAGCACCACCAAAAGCUUCUCCAUAUUCGCCCCGUGGACACCGAAACACUACAACGACCAGUACGACGUCCAUUACGCACAAAAACCGAGAAAGACUACAAAAGAAACUAUGAAAAAAGCAUCCUCAACCAAAACCCUCACUGAAGAUAGGCCCACAUUGCAAAAGAACAAAUCGUACAGCCAAACCACGCUCGCGCGGCGGACGCCGAAUAGUCGAUUAAGUAGCUCGAACACAACACUACACAAAAAAACUGAGAAACGUAGAGAGAAUACCACACUGCGAAAAUCGACUCCAAGGGAUAGCAAAAAGAGUCAGUCGAGUGAGAUUAUCAGUGAUGGUGCUAGAGAGCGCGAAAGGGUUUCUAGGUCGGUGUCUAUGCCUAAAGACAACAAUAAAAAGGCUGGCUGGUUCAAACUAUCAAGUAAGAAUAAAAAACCAGAAGUGAAUAGUCGUGUUCGAUAGAGUACAAUACUAAUUAAAAUGAACUGUGUUUGUAGCCUACAGGGCUAUCUUUAACUAUUGACUAUUUUGUAUUGUCGCUUAAGAGAACAGAAGUAGUCAAAAUCCCAAUGCAAUUAGAUUAUUUCAUAAAAAAAUGUGUAAAAAACCUAUCAGGUUAACAGUACCCUGAAUCGAUGGGAAUGCAUUAAAGGUUUGAUGAAGGUGAAGGAAGCGAGAGAAGUAUGCCAGAAUCGUGCAAAGUGGCAAUCCAUAGUCUCUGCUACGCCUAUGGUAUAGAGGCGUGAUACUAUGUAUGAAUGUAAAUAACCUACUUGGAAUAGUCGAUUCUUUAUUGAUUAAGUACAACUUCAGUAAAAUAAAGGGAAUAAUACAUUUUCGUGAAAAACUGCUUAAAAAUUUUAUCUUAACAAAAGUCAAAACAUAAAGGAUUGUGGUAACUGAGGAUUAGCGAACGAAACUUCUUUAUGAUUAUAGCCACAAUAACUAUGCGAUCUCUUAAGCGACGAUUUUUUAUAUUUAACAUUGCAUUUUAAAUAAAAUAAAACCCUAAAGCGGUGCUAUAAUACACUUAAAUUUUUUAAACUUUAAUAUAUGUUACGUAGUGCCAUCGACACGUAUUUUUUAAUGUUACCAUUUUUUUAGUUUAGUCGUGUUUAAAAAGCUUUUGUGUACUAAUAUAGGUUUAAAAUGGAAAAUUUUGUGCAUACUUUCUUUGCUUAUAAGUUUUAAUGCUUUUAUAAUAUAUUUUGACUAUCUGGCGAUUCAUUUAAUAACGGUUUUGUUAAAAAUGUCCAUAAUAGGUAACUCGAGUCGCCAGUCAGUUCGCAGAGAUAUAAUAUCCGUUAAUUGGAAAAUAAGUUUUUGUAAAUUGUGAUCGAUAAUGAAUUUGUUUACGACAUAACCUAUUGUAACAAGGAUUUAUAAAAUAAAAGUCUAAUUCGAUA